AACUAAUGAAACCUUCUUUCAGUGCUACGAUGUCAUUUCAGUGGCUCCAACUACAUCUAUGAUCCUAAAUCUAAUGCACAUCCAUCGAAUGUCGUCACAACCAAACGGCGAUGUUAUAAGAUUGACUCAGUAUCACUUUUCAUCUCAUCCAAUCAUCCCAUAGCCUUCGCCAUGGUCUCCCAUCACGCACCUGCUCUUCGAGUCGGCUUAUAUUUUGCCUUGUCGCUGUUCUCCAUCGUCUUGCUUGGACUCACAGCUGCCAGGAUCCAUCAGACGUUGAACUUUGCUCCUGGAACCAGUUUCUAUGAUCCCAUUGUUGUCGAGUUGCUUGUCACGUCUAUUCUCGCCAUGAUCUGGUCGUGGUUCAUUAUACACACUAUACACACCAUCCGAGUUAGCGGACCCUUGACCACCUUCCGACACGAAUCCAUUGGGAUUCUCAUCAUAUGGAUAAUGUUCCUUGUCGGUACAGCCAUAGCUACGAAUUUCUGGGCGAAUCUUGGUGUUUGCUUUGGUGUAUUCACCUGCGAUAUUCUCACCGCCAUUGUUGCCUUUGCCUGGCUUUGCUUUAUCACAAUGACUUUGAUUGGGUUCUCCACUAUGCUCUUCCUUGCCAGGAAUAAUGGUUAUAGCAGUUAUGACGAACCUUUACACGGAAGAUGGGGAACUGGGGCGAAGGUCUAACCCAAAGCAUCACAAUGGUCUUGUUUUAUUAUUUUAUGUCUUUCAUGCCUUUUUUGAAGUAGUUGUUCUGUGCUCUCUAUACUCUACACACCUUGAAGAGUAGUAUCCAUAUAUUUAGCUCUGUAAAUUUACGUAUUUGUGUUUUUACGCUGACUGUGAUUUAUUAUUCUAGUUAUCUGUGCUGUCACCCACUACUGUACACUGAGAAGUAGUAUCUAUACACCAUUCGGCUUUGUAAAUUCAUGUCUUGUUGUAUCGAUUAUCAUUGUCAAUGGCCCAAUAUUGUUGGUGUAUUAUUAAACGCCGGCGUGUGUACGUUCACCACUUUCGACUCAG